AUGAACAAAUGCGAUUUGGCAGAACCCAUAUCUGACAUCUCUGCAUUCAAAAACAUUCUACGCUCCAGAGAUCUGUGUAGCUCUUACCAACAGCCCCCAGCUGAGGUUUUCUUUACCAACAUGAAGUCUCCCGAACGACAGAAACGCCUUAUCCGGAAAAUCCUCACAAGGUGAGCUUUUACCCAACGUUUGCACAUACGGCAGCCUUUCCGCGUUACGCAGCGGACGGUCUAACUUCUCUCUUCUUCCUUUCUAAUUGUUCUGCCCCCUGUCUUCCCGUCAUUCUUUAUCGUAAUUUAUUUUUUAGACUUUAUCUUCUUAGCUUUGUCUGUCCUCUCCGCUUUUGGAUUUUUGCCUUGUCCUCCGGGCUUUGCCCGCCGGACUUCUCAUCCCUCCUUCGUCCAUCUCCUUCCUGGCUUAUCCUUUAUCUUUCCAGCCUCUCAUUGCUGUAACUUGUCAUACGUUAGGAAACCCAUAAAGCAUCAAGCUGCGUUGCUAACUACGCGUCCAAAUCGGAAGAGACAUUUUAUUGGCCUACAUCAUAUCGAGUUGUUGCAUGCGCCGUAGCAUACUUUACUUCUACUAGCAAUCUUCCUAGCCGCCUGCGGCUUCCUCAUUUAGAAAAACACUCGAUCGACGUACAUGUCGAACUACUUCCCGCCUAUCAGAAUUGGCGUCACUACCUGAAACAAGAGGGUCUGGCUUGGGAUAAUGUAAGUGCUACCACUACCCUCAUAGUCUCCAACGGACUGGCAUCUACAAGUUCUGUAAGUGGCUAAGUGAACAUGUCAAUUUAUGAUCGAAAAUACAUGCGGAUGCAAUUGCCGGUCGUCAUCACUAGCCUACCGUCCCUAUAGGCGCAUUUAAUGGGCACGAAAGUGGUUAACAGUCAAGGCGAGCAGACAGUCUUCACCAGCAGAAGCGACCCCCAUGGCCAACAAGUGGGACAGUCUUCUGAUGAGAUUGCACGACAGGUCAAGUGCCAACCUUGGCUGUUGUCUAAAUACCUACGAUUUUGUGUGCUUCCCCAGUCCAUGAAAAUAGGACGUAUACCGACCUUUAUAAAACACCCUACAGUAACACAAGUUAUUACAAUGUUCCGUGGUGAUUUUUCGACUACUCGACCCGGGUGUUGGUUUUGCCUGCAUAAGUAAUUUCUCCCAUGUGAAAGCAUGUUGUAGAUUCCUGGCCAAUUUCAAUUAUUGUUGACGCGUACUACAACUAUUCCGCUGAUCCGUAUUCUGUGAUGGAUGGUUUAUGUAUGGCUUGUGCGUGGAGUAGAUCCGUCAAAGAGCUGGAUCUGGAAUAUGUCCUGUCAGUCACUGUCACAUUGUGGUCUGCGGCUGCCUAUUCGUCAGACACAAGAAUUUGCCUACUUCACAGUUAAUUUCCACAGAAACCCGUUCUACUAUCCGUCACCUGCAGACCAGCUGCAUAUCUCUCAGCCAUGCCGCCAGGCAGACCUUGUUUCAUCCGGAGUUUCUGACAUCUCAGUAAGGUGCGUUCUGAAAUAGGGAAACUGAUCUUGGACGCUUUAUCCUAACCAUAAUCUGAUCGACCCGCGUCCAUACUCCUGGUUCCGUAGCGUUAGGGCCAUGAAGGUUUGCUGCCGGGGAAUGGGAGUAGGUUGGUCCUCAAGACUGACAGUCAGUUGUAAGGUUGUUUAUCAUGAUUUCUGUUAUAAAGCCGGGCUAUUAGAUUCUCGUUCGUGUGUAGUGAGCUGCUAAACAAGUAUGUGACACGCGUAACAUGCAGGCUCUUUUUCCAGUCUUAGAUUCAGUUGUCUUGGCCAUAGCAUGCAGUUGAUAUCGCAAUUCGACCGUCGCAUCCGACGAUGUCCACUGUGUGCUCCACAGCAAGUUAAAGCAAACACAGUGAUUUGCGCGUGAUUUAGUUUAUAGUGAGUACAGACUUGCGCUGCAUCUACCGCACUCCCUCCCCCACCUGGACCCAGUGUCAAGACAGAGUCAAGAGGACCGGAGGCGGGGGGCGCAGGUGGAUAGCACGGUCGAGCCCGCAUCUUGGCGCUCCACUCUACACCCCAUGGUCCACACAGCAAAUGAGCAGGAUUUUAACCAUCUACAAAAGGGGGGGGGGCUGGCGCGGCCGGAGCCGCGCCUGGGCGUGCCGUCACACCCGGCUCGGACCUCAUAAGGUGGGAGUGUCGUCAAGGCCACAUUAAGAAGGGGCCAUUGCAGCCUGACUCUCAGACCACCAUCCGUCCGCUGCACACAAAUACACAACACUGGGCCUCCCCACUUCCAGACUCCAGCCACUGUCCGUGCCAGUUAGUUGACAAGUGCGGCGAAUGGGCGCGGUGGCUGACAUGGUCUAGUAACCUUGUCUGCGCACGUCGCAUGCACGACCUGCCCCCAAAAACAAGCACCAGGAUUUCACACAACGGGGUUGGGCGGCGUGCAUCUCACAUGCGUGAGCGUGCCAUAGUUCACGCUAAAAAGGAGUCGUUGCAGCCUGCCUCUCGGUCCACCACUCUGCCACUCCAAACAGACACGUACACACAAUCGGGCAGCCUGCGUGGACCAAGUUGGGACGUCAGUCAGUGGCCUUCCAAGCCACGGCGCUUGACGGACCGUGAUAGUCUCAGAUGUGAAUCACACAUGCAGCAGAAGAGUCGCAUGGAGACGGAGCCGAGACGCACAGUUUGCACUUGCGUAGGAGGUGGCAUUUGGAUGCUUGCGGUUGGGAAUUCUACAGGGCGGGCUCACCCUCAGCCUGUAGGUGGGGGGGGGGAGGAGGGGAAAGAGAAUGUGUCGCUUCUUGUUUGAUUGUUUCGAUCGUGUAGUCAAAAAGUCUGAAAGCGAGUGCUAUGCCGGUAUCAGCAAACCAUGACCCUCGCAGCCUGCUAUGCGGCGGCAGUUCCCUGACACCUGAUUCCCUGCCGGUUGAUACGCUUACGCUCCCGCUGUAUAUACAGGUGGUGAGCAUGGUUACCCAGUCGUCAUCGUCCUUCUGACCCCUGUUGAGGCGUUGAGGUUGCUGUUGUUGGUGAAAAUUCCUGGUCAAGUUUAUGUUGUGGACUAGACGGUUUGGUGGUACAUCUAGGUGCGGGUUCGGAUGUGCCAGCCACCUGCACCCUCCCACGCCUCCGGUCCUCUUCACUCUGCCUUGACACCGGCUCCAGGUGGGGAAGAAGAGAGUGCGGUAGAUGCUACGAAAGUCUACCAGCAUUAUAGACUGAUUCACGCGCAAGUCACCGUGUCUGGUGCACCUUGCUGUGUAGCACACGGUGGACAUCGUCGGAAUCGACGGCCGAGCCGUCGUUUCGACCGUGUUUUUUGCGUGUGCGAGCCACGGUCAGCGCGCAGAGGACAUGAUUCCAGCAUUUGUUUAGGGUACCUUUUCUAACCCCGUCCCCCUCACAGGGGUGAGCAAUACUGUCCCUAACUAGGGCUGCUCAGGCAUCCCAGACGAUUUUCGGACUCAACUAUGGGCCACAACUUUAUUUAGUGAGAUAACCACCCGAGUUAGUCUCGACUGCCUACGUGAUCUCUGUCGCUCUCGCCAUAGGACUUUUUGAAGGGUGGGAGGCGGGGGAGAUGAAGGAAGGGGAGGGUGGAGGGACGGGAAGCAGAGGGAGCGAAGGACAUAGAAGGAGGGUGGAGAAUAGGUGCGAAAGGGAGGUGAGGAGACGGUCUUCCAGCCACCGGGUCAGCAGCUCGCUGAGUGCGGGGUAGCAGGUGGAGUCCGAUCUCGGAGAUGCUGAGGCGGUGAUCCCUCUGGCCAGCGGUGGUGGGAGUGGAACCGAGUUACCGUGUGUGGAGAUGCACAUACGGGCACCCUCACCUGGUUUAGCCCGCCGAUCUUGGCGUUUACCGGGAUGUGGCCGCUAGGCAGAACCUAGCUUCGGGGAGCCGCACGUGAGAGUUGGGUGCCAGCUGAUGGACGCUAGACUUAGUCUACACAUGCAAGCAAGUUAACGACCUACUACGACCAGCAUGUGCACCCACAACUGGGCACUCCUACACCAUGCGACUGGUACAUGGUGGGAGACGGUGUGGCUAGUUCUGUGCGUUCUUGCCUCACCAUAAUCGGAUUGACUCCUGGCUCACUCAUGGCACCUCAGGGGUUGUAUCUAUGAGAACUGAACUGCUCACCAUUUGUUCCAACACGGCACGUAGCUCUCACUUAUCUUUCCAAAUAGCCAUAUAUAUGGGCCAGGAACCCAUACCGUCUGUUAAUAUGAGUUAACCUAAGUGGAGAUAGUCAGUGAGGCUUCGAUCCUAAUGAAAUGAGUAUUGGCUUAGCUGGGCGUGCGUAGUCGGAUCCUGUAGACUGGGCGGACGAAUAAACAACGAGCUCAGCCAGGAAGGUGGUUCUGCUGUACCAUGUGCUGAGUGAGUGCAAAUAAACCACUACAAUUACUCCUCUCAACCGUCUUCGUUUCCGAUUUCAAUAGUUAUUUGUGCUGGAUGCUCCUCCCCGCAUAGCUUUCUUUCCACGGCUUAUCAUGAAAGCAUACCUUCAAGUCCUGGUGAAGCAGGGGAGUAAUCUCUGGCAAUCGUGUCACCGAACAUGUCUGAUGACUUUGCUUGCCGGAUUCUGACCUAAGACAAGACCUGCUUGUUUACAUUUUGGCACGGUUAAAGUAUUCUGCCGAAAUAAGCCUCAUUAAGACUUGCAUAUUAAAUAUGUUGCCUUAAUGCUUUGCUCCAGAAUCAGGAUAGGCGACAUUCCAUUUGGGUUUGACGAACGGACUUAAUUGUCGUCCGCCAGGAGCAGAGCGAAGUUACCCUGUCGUGAUGCAUUCAACUGAUCAACUGACAGUGCUGUAAGCUGCAGUCAACCGAUGAGAUUAAUUAGAGGAGAAUAACGCAGGUCCUUAGCAGAGACCGGAUUACGAAAGAUGCGUUUUAGCAUACGCAUAUCUACUUUCAAUUCACGGGAAUGAUAGGAGGACAGUUAAUUGUGCGCCGCGAAGUACAUAUAACAAGAAAGGGCCAUACAGGGGUUACGGACUGGGAAGGGGACGAACGUGUUAAAGAGUGGUUUCCAUUUUCAAUAAAACUUGCCGAGGAGCAAUAAGACGGUGGUAAUACAAAAACGUCGAAAGGUGGAAGUAGAUUAAACGGAAUUUAAAAGCUUGAAGACGUACUUGCAUAGUUUUAUUUUUUUACGAUAAGUUAUCUGUUGCUAUGCCUACUUAGUGCAUCCUUGCUGUUCGCCUCUCAUCUGUUUUGUAGUCUCGCGCGUCUUUCCCCGAACACAGACUCCUAUGUGACGUCCUCCUCAAACGAAUUUUCCGCCAUUGAGAGGGAUUUUGAGGCCGGUGGAGACCUCACAGCCGACGAAGUUACCACCACUGGUAAUGGAAGGGCUGAACUCAUGACCAUGGUGGUCGGACUUCCCAACUGCGGCAAGAGCACCUUCAUUAAUGCACUGCGCAGCUUCGCUCAGCCUGGUCGUCGACGGGCCGUCGCAGUGGGCAAGAAUGCCGGCAGAACUCGUUCAGUUGGUUCGGCCAUCGUUCUUGCGCCCAGCUUCCCCAUCGCCGCCACCGAGGGUGGUGGAGUCGCACGUGAGUGCUGCAUCCGCGUUAUCGACACUCCUGGGAUUCUGGAACCCAGAGCUCAGACAUUGUGUGGCCAACUUAGUCUUGGUGUUUGCGGCGCGCUGGAUUGGGAUGCCGUUGAUAAGGGUGAGUUGAGACGACCUGUGGUAGUUUUCGUCGCUGAUCCAUGGUUCUUGUCAGUGCGACUUGGCGGAUGCCCACCCUACAUCUGCAGUACUUCUUUUCGGCUCAGUAUUUUACGUAAUAAUCUCACCGUUGUGCCUAUUAGUUUUACCUUUCGUAAGCUGCAUAAACCAAUCUAUCCUAGAGGGACAUAUUACUAUCUUACUACAGGGGGAAGUAGGUUUAUAGGUAUGCAUUCAUGUGUUUGUGCCUGCACGAAUCCCUGCGCGGCCUUCUGAUACAAUAUGCGAUGCACGGAAACCGUCCUCGCCGUGCCAUCGCGACCAUCACGCCGAGCGGCCGCUGGUUUGGCGGUUUGUGGCCCAUAAAACUGCGCGUUUUCAUCCACUGGAAUCAAAACUUGUGAACUCCCGUGUCAUUAACCUCACUGGUUGCUCUCUUAUGGUGGAAAAACAAAUUGUCGCACUAUGACGUGCUGUCCUAAAAGUAUUCCACGUUCCUUUCUUUACUCAACACAACUUCCCCGCAGUGACUGUGUUCUAACAAAAGAGCCAGCGCUUCGUUACGCCCAAUCUAUGGCACCCACUCGAUGUAGAAACAGUUUCGACGACCGACAGGGCCGAGUUUUUGAGUAAUUCACUUAUAUUUCUUUGACAUUGCGCUAGUCUGCUUUACGCCAAGGGUGGCAGAAACUUAGACAACGUAUUUUGCGCCAGAAAACUUACACGAUUACUAUGUUUAAUCUUGAAUUCUCUCAUAAGUCAACCCCCAUUUCAGUCGCUUGUUCAGGAGACUGCGAUAGUCGUAUACGGUGUGGGAAGUAGCUAAAAACAGUGAAACUGCUUGUGAAUCAGUUUGGCUACGCGAGCACGCAUUUGCCUGACCAAUACAUGAGUGGGGUUUGUGAUCGGUAGUUGCGACUGCUGACUUGCCCCCCCCCCCCAUUUAUUUCUACAAAGUCCCACAUUUAUUGAUCACAGUUUACUGUCGCUAAUCGGGCGGAACUCAUCCUACUGUUUUUGUCAUUAAGGUAUUUUCAUACGCCCGUAAGUCAAGAGGGCUCGGCUGUCUUUGUUAUCCGUACGCAACUACACUUCUUAUCCGUAUUAGGAGAUCUUAACGACCAGCGUUUGUGCAAACCAUGUUUGAAUAACGGUCUCGAUUGUAAUCCUGCGGUUAUUGGGGUCAAACUGCACCGUAUCCCCAGAGCUGUUAGUGACUGAACCAGCCAGGAGUGCUUGGCGGGAGAUCAAAGCGUGCAUUUUAAUAGUCAACGAGCAAUGUAACUAUACCAAAACACAAAACUCGAACAUCAUGUGUUUGUGAUCUCAUUGCCCACAGAGGCUUGACUCUUUAACUUACCAUAAAUUUGUAAAUGUGGGUGCUGCGAACAGGACUAGUAUUUAAGCCAGUGCGACUUGAUGCGUCCCUAUGCACAAAUAGUUUUUAUAAACUCUCCGGCAAUCGUCCACAGAAUGGUUUCCCAAAACCAUAUUCUGUCCUGUAAAGGGCCAGGCAGACGGCCCCUUUUGUUUCCAUAUUGCGUCUGAUAUGGUUGCACUAGCAAGGCACGGAUGCAAACUGAGCAAUCCCUUUAUCUUUAAUACGCAGGGUCCCUUUGCUGUUUCCGAAUGACCUAUUCUCUCCCCAUAUGCCUUUAUUUAUAAAUUCUAUCGAAACUUCUAUUUGAGCUGCGCUGCAGCACGAGAAAUCUGACGUUAUCUUCUUUUUCUGGGCGUGUUUAGUACUCACCAGGACGAAAAAGGCUAGAUACGCAUGCGAGGUCCCCUUUUUAUCAGUAAGACUGCCACGUACCUCUUCCAUUUUGAAGGGCUUAGCAAUUGGUUUUAUUUUGUGUGGCCCACCCGAGGCCCUCAUACCUCUUCUUACCUUCGCAUUUUCUUUUUCAGAGCUGUUGGCCGACUACCUGCUCUUCUGCUUAAAUCGUAGGCAGCGUCUGGAGUACGUUCAGGUCUUCGAUAUGCCAGGACCAACGAGCAAUGUGGCGGAGUUGUUGGCUUGGAUCAGCGCACACAGUGGUCUAUUCCUACGAGUCUCAUCUCGACGCACCCUAGGAGAUCUCGCCGCUGCCAACAAUAAGACCUCUUUGCCUCAGCCCGACUUCACCGCUGCUGCCCAUAAGUUUCUUCGCCUCUUCUGUGAGGGUCACCUUGGCCGAUUGACCUUCCGACCCGAGGACGAGGAGGAAGCCAGUCGGUUUUUUGUCCUUGCCCCUGGCAGUAGUGGAGCCAAGUAA